UGGAAAUGGAUGAACACCACAUAAGCACAGAUGAAGAUGUUGGAAUUAGAAUCUACACCGCCACACCACCAAACGAGCCCUCCUCCUCCAGCCCGCAACUAGACUCCGCCGUGGCGGCAGGGCACCCGAGCGGAGGGCGGAAACGACGAGCAGUGGCAAAAGGGAUGCAAAAAACGCUAUCCAGAACCUCAAUGCUAGUGAACUUCCUACCCACAGGCACCCUGCUGACGUUCGAAAUGCUGCUGCCGUCGGCAUCCGGGAAAGGGGAGUGCACGGCGGUGAACACGAUGAUGAUAAACGUACUCCUGGGGCUGUGCACCCUGUCGUGCUUCAUGUUCCAUUUCACGGACAGUUUCAAAGGCGGGGACGGGAAAGUGUACUACGGGAUGGUGACGCCGAGAGGGCUGGCGGUUUUCAAGUCAGGGCUGGCGGAGGUGGAGGUGCCCAAAGACGAGAGGUUCAAAGUUGGGUUCACUGAUUUUGUUCACGCCCUUAUGUCGGUCAUGGUUUUCAUGGCGAUCGCCUUAUCUGACCAUAGAGUCACCAAUUGUUUGUUUCCUGGACACGCGGCGGACAUGGAGGAGGUCAUGGAGAGCUUUCCUUUGAUGGUGGGGACCAUUUGUAGUGGCCUUUUCUUGGUUUUUCCUAACACUAGAUAUGGCAUUGGCUGCAUGGCCAAUUGAACUGCUCCAUUUCUUUUUCUUUUUUU